AUGUAUGCUCUGGCUUCUCAACAGGAUGUAGCAUUCCUCAUGCUUCUGAAUUUCAGCUUUCUUGAAGACAUCAUCUACAAUGGCAAUGCCUUGAGCGUCGUUCUAGCCUCUAGGAUAGCUGAAGAUGUGAGGGAAAUGCCAGUGAUUUCCGAUGUGGUCGAGGGAAUGCACUGGCAAAGAGAGUGA